AUGCCUUCAGCAAUCGAUCGCCCCCCGCUAAGGGUAGCCAUAAUAGGCGGUGGUAUUGGCGGGCUCUGCACUGCCCUCUCCCUUCAUUAUCACUGUGACUCGCACGUCGAUAUCGACGUCUACGAGCAAGCUCCGCAAUACAAGGAGAUAGGUGCCGGUGUCGGUAUCGGCGUCAAUGCUGCCAAGCUGUUGCAUAAGAUAGGUAUCGGGGAGAGUGUGGCGAAGAUUUCUGGGAAACGGAGUGGCAUCUGGAUCACCUUUCGCAAAUUUGACGACGGCUCGGAUGUGGUGACAGUACCAUCCGUAGACACGGACGAGAUCAAGCAGCUCCCCGUGCAUCGUGCCGAGUUUCUGGACCUGCUGGUCGAGAUUGUAAGACAGAAGAAUGCGGCUAGGCUGCAUACCAACAAACGGUGUCGGAGACUUACGGAGCAAGGAGACGAGGUACUGAUCGGGUUCGAGGAUGGGACGACUGCCACAGCCAACUUGGUUGUCGGCUGCGACGGCAUACAUUCGGCCGUCAGGGCCCAGUUCACCAGCGACAACCCCGAGUACAGUGGCAGGAUCGCAUACCGUGGCCUGGUACCCAUCUCCCAGAUUGAGGACUGGUGGGGGUUCGAAACGUAUUCCGUGACAUGGCUGGGGAAGAAUAGGCACUUUCUAUGCUUCCCAAUCUCCCUCAACAAAACGCUCAACAUUGUGGCGUUUGUGGCCGAAAAGGAAGAGAACUUGGGCGAUCUGCGGGAAAGUUGGACGGCGGUAGGCAAGAAAGAGGAGGUCUUUGAGGCAUUCAAGGGGUUUGAGGAACGAGUCCAGAAGGUCAUCCAACUGAUGCCAGAGCAGCCGUCCAAAUGGCUGAUAAAUGACCGCAAGCCGCUGGAUCAAUGGGUCUAUCUCGGAGGUAAGGCUGUAUUACUGGGAGACGCUGCGCAUGCCAUGACUCCUCACCAAGGCGCAGGCGCAGGCCAGGCCAUUGAAGAUGGAUAUAUUCUCGGUCGAGUUCUCCAGGACUACUUUCGAUCUUCUCCUGCGAUGGACAAACUCGAGGCCUGGGCCAAUGUAUAUCAGGACGUUCGGCUCCCGCGAGCACAAAAGGUUCAACGCACAUCCAGAGAUGCUGUCGAAGUCUAUCAGGCGCAGGCGGAUAUCAUGAAGGAUCUUCCAUUCGACGAAUGCGUGCCCGAGAUUCACAAGCGUGUGAUCGACCGAAUGCGGUGGGUUUGGACAGAUGAUAUCGAUGCUGAAUAUGAUCGGGCGGUGAAGAACAGGAAGCAAUUGGGUAAACUGUAG